AUGGCAAUUCUGGGCAGCAUGACAAAUGCUCAGGAAAAGCUUUCUAGAGUGAACUUUCAGGGAAACAGGGCUCCUGGCAGUAGGGAACCUUCGCCACCGAACGAGAGUGAAAGCUCCAUAGAAGUUGACAGGGCCUACUCAAGGAGAGACCAGGUUGCAGCUUGCGGAGGAAUCAUUAAAGAUAGGUGCGGCAAAAUAGUAGAAGGCUUUCAGCUAAAGCUUCCGGCUGGAGAUGAACUCACUGCUGAACUUUGGGGUUGUCUCAUGGGGUUGAAAAGAGCAUGGGAUAAUGGCUUCAGAAAGAUCACUCUCUGUAGCGACUCACAACAGGCCCUCUCUAGCAUCCAAGAUGAGCCGUCUAAUCUACACGAAGACUAUCAACUAAUCAUGGAGAUUAAAAAAUGCUGA